GCGCCCAGAAGACGAUUAUACACCGUAACCCCUGGCCUUUCCGAUAUCGACUGUGGGUACGGAGGACUGACAUCGGUACACGUACUAUUGUCAAGGAGGUGGGGCAUGUGAACUCCACUAAAAUUUCUAUCCUUCAGAUCUUUUUGAUAGCAGACUGGAAGAAGCAUCAACUCAAUCAGAACCAUUUUGCGCACAUUGUUCCGCCAUCGACACAAUGGGCGCCCACAAAGGCAGGAAGCCCUCCUCGGGAGACUCCCUCUCAAAGAAAACUAGUAACAAGCUGAAGAGGCAACAACUUUACAUCCUACACAAGAAAGACAAGGACAAGGAAUUGCGCGAGCAGCGGUUUCGAAGGAAAAAAGAGGAAGACAAGGACCCCGAACUUCGAGCUGCCCGACUCGCCAAGAACAAACCGCAAACCCUCGAAACGAAACGAGUAUGGGAUGACGUGGACGACGACGGUCUGGGCGUACAGGUCGAUGUCGAGCAGCUGAAAAGGCGGCGGCUCGAAGAGGAGGAGCGAGCGCAAAUGGGGGCCAUUGACGAGGAGGAAGAAGACGACGACGAUGACGACGACAGCAUGCUAGCGUCCGAUGACGAGGAGGGCGAGGAUAACGAGGCUAAGAAGGAAGCCUUGGAAAGGAAACGAGAGAAGCGCGCGAAACGAGAUACCAGCCUGGCCCCGUCCACGACCAGUACGAACCUCGACCUCACGCCCUCGUCGCUGGCGGCCAAGUUCCCGACGCUCUUCACCGACAUUCCCCCGCCCACGCCCAAAGUCCUCAUUACCACUUCCUUGAACUCGACGCUGCACAACGAGGCCGACGUCUUCUGCACCGUCUUCCCCAACUCCACCUACAUCCGACGCACCAACCAUCGCUACGGCCACAAGUACUCGCUCCGCGAGAUCAGCCGAUUCGCCGCCAACCGUGAAUACACAGCCGUGGUCAUGCUCCGCGAAGAUUCCAAGAAGCUCACUGGCCUGACCGUCGUGCACCUCCCGUCUGGCCCUACCUUCACCUUUUCCAUCACAAACUUCAUGGAAGGCCGCAAGCUCCCGGGCCACGGCAACCCCACCAACCACUACCCUGAGCUGCUCCUCAAUAACUUCAAGACUCCUCUUGGACUGCUCACCGCUAAGCUGUUCCAGACACUAUUCCCGCCCCAGCCCGAGUUUCAGGGGCGUCAAGUUCUCACGAUCCACAACCAACGUGAUUUCCUCUUCUUCCGCCGUCAUCGGUACGUAUUCCGAGACAAGCGAGCGACAGAGAGGAACAUUACCGGAACGGACGGCAAGGACAUGGAAGGUGUCGAGGGUAUUCGGGUAGGAUUACAGGAGGUGGGACCUCGAUUCACGCUGAAGCUGAGAAGAGUGGACAAGGGCAUCGGCCGUGCGGGAAGCGAGGGCGACGAUGCGCUACAGUGGGAAUGGAAGGGCAAGAUGGAGAAAGACCGGAAGCGCUUCAACCUGUAGGGCGAUGCGGUUGAGAGAUACCCCCUUAAAAAGACGAUCCAACGAUGAACAGGAUGACAACAUUAUUUCUGAGCGAAAUCCAUAUGGGUGUGUGUCUAGUGAAAGCGAUGAACAGUGACCUAGGCCGUUAUGAAACGACCUGCGAAUUUGGUGCGCCAUUCACGCCAUCUCGUCUGCGCCCGGAAACUGAAGAGUGAAGAAAUUUCGAAGAGGGCGGAAUAUAUCCAAAAACGCCAAUGCAUGCAGAAAAGAAAGCUAAGUAGAAAAAAACUCCCCAUGUAUGCCCUCAGUUAUCUAUUUUGUCCGUCCAUCCCUCCGGUUUUCAAGGAUCUAAAAAUGUUGGGG